GCAUCUUGUUGUAUAUUCAGGGUAUUUAAAGUGAUCGUUCACUGUAAGGUGUAGUCAUUACUGAACGCGAUUCAGCAUUAUUGACUCAAUGAUGACAGCACCCCAAGAUGUAAUGCACCCAGAUAACCUUGUGCUUGGUGUCCUUCUGAGGGCUGGUCGUCUGUUGCUGUAAACAUCCCCGACUGGAAGCUGUGCCAAAACAUCUGAGCUUUCAGUUGGAUGUUUGCUGCCACAGGCCGCCUUGUACGUCUUUGUCCCAAGAAUGUAAAUGUGCGUGCUUUUUGUGUUUGAGCAUGUUUUCUCGUUUCAUGGAGAAUGUGGAUUGUGCUCGGUGUAUUAUUAGACACAAGCAUGAUUUCACCUUUUGUCUUUUUUUUUUUAUUAAUGUGUUACUACUCUCACGUCUAAUGUUGUUGUGGUACUGAUCUGUAUGUGUGUGCUUUUCUGUUUGUAUUGCAACCUUCCAAGUGUAGUUACUGUAAACAUCCUACACUCAGCUGUCAUCACACAGGGCUGGGAGGAGGGUGUUUACUUUGACUGGUUGGAGAGUCCCAGCCGAAGGAGUCUGUCAGUCAUUAUGUGACUGAAGUGUCAAAGAGCAUCGCUUAAAGUUGUGUGCAUCUUUUGUGAUUAUUGCCAUCUUCUCGAUGUAAUAGCCUUGCUUGUUAAGGAAAAUAAACAGUUGUAUUUAAAACUCAUUGGCCCCUUAUGUCUUUCAGAAAUCUUAAUGAAAUUCAAAAGUACAGUAUGACAUUGAAAACUAAGCGUGUUCUAUGUGUAAAAAAACAUUGUUGUACCACAUUAGGUUGGUCUUUUCCCAGCCGUGAUGAAAGGACUCCAAGCAAGGGUGUCCGAGAAAUCACUAUAACAAUUAUGUCAGUUGGUUUAAAAUGUUCUUUUAUAACGCAUAUAUUCUUUCUCGUGCAAUAUUUAAAGUUUUAGAUAAUUGGGUUUAUAUUGAUGAUGACAGUAAACCAUGAAGCUACAAGUCAUUUCCUCCAGGGACAGUUUCACCUUGUGGAUGUGUAGUAAUUAUACCUCCAAACGGAAGAUGGCGCACCCCACAAGCUACUACGACAACAUUCGCAUCCGCCAUAGCGAAGUAGAGUUCAUCCGCCAUGUAUAAGAUCGCAGAUUCGACAGAAAACAUGGGCAAAAUAAUUCAAAUUAAGCCAUAUAUUGUUUUUAAGACUUAAAAACAAAACUGACUCAUCAAUAUUUAACGUUUGGAUUUUUGAAUGUGUUUGGAAAUAAUGAGUAUCUCUAGUCAAGGUAAGAAGAAUUUUAACAUUAUUUACAACGUAACAAACAAGCUAGCUGACCGGUUACUAUGUUGAAAGGUAAAAGUAGCUGUGGGAAGAGGUAAUUGAAGUUAGAUGAGGCAUGAUUAAAUAUUCAAGUAAUUUUGGACAAAUUUGUGAAAUUGUAGCGUGUACAAUACACUCAAAUCUAAUGUCCAGGUAGUCUAAAUGAAUGCAUGGAUUGGGAAGGUGCAGUCAGAAGGUGAAAUGUGUUUCACGAAACUGGUCUUAAGUUUCCCAGAGCAAGCAAAUGAUUCUCGAAAAUAUUCUGUAUUUUCGAUGUGAUGUUUCGCUACAGUCAAGUAAAGGGCAGGCUUUUAUAAGCCUCUAUCACGAUAGGUAUGGCGAUAUGGUGGCACAUCAAUAUUCAUGUGCAAAGUCUGCAACUUGUUUUCGCCAAGUAGGACAGACCUCCUCUUCCAUGUAUCUGAAGUCCAUAACUCUGAGGGAAUUAAUCCAGAUGAUAUCAUUAUACCCCUCAAACCUUUAACCACACAAUCCACAGAAACAUCCACAGAAAUGGAAUGUUUUUUAGAUGGCCCCAUCAAGAGGAAAAGAGGAAGGCCCAAGGGCUCCACCAGAAAGGUCGGUACAAGUGAUGGGAUGUUGGAUUCAGCCAGCAGUGCCAAAAGCAGACCAAUGGGAAAGCAGGAGGCUUCAUUGGCAGAGGUUACAGUGCAAAUAAUGGAAGAUGAACCUGAGCUCAGCACAUCACUGGAAUGCAAGAAGUGCAAUCGCAAGUUCAGCAACAAACGCCAAAUCACUAAGCACAUUUGCUUUGUUACACUGAAAGAGGAAAAUGAAAAUGACGCUGCCAGCUCAGAUGUGGUUGCUGAUUCAGAAGCGUCUGCAGAGGACAGGAUGGAUGACGAAGAGGGCCAGUUCCGAACUCCAAAGCGGGCACGAACUCAGAACUCAGUCCCUGCAAAAGAGUCUGAGUCUGCAGCCGGACCAGUAAACCCCAUCGUCAGUGUGGUCCUGGCAGCUCAUGAGGCCAUUCCUGGUGCUACAAAGAUAGUGCCUAUUGAGGCCUCCCCUGCAGACAUCAUUCCAUCUGCAGAUAUAGACCCCAGUUCCCAAGAUCCAAGCCAAAAGAGAGGCUACCAAGAGUAUGCUAUACAGCAAGCUGCCUAUGAUGUACCACUGAAGUCAAACAGAGUGGGACAAACUCAGCUCAAGAUCUUCACGUGCGAGUACUGCAACAAGGUCUUCAAAUUCAGGCACUCUCUGCAGGCCCACCUUCGAAUCCACACCAAUGAAAAGCCAUUCAAGUGCCCGCAAUGUGACUAUGCAAGCGCCAUCAAGGCCAACCUCAGCGUCCACUUGCGCAAGCACACCGGCGAGAAGUUCAGCUGUGAGCACUGCUCCUUCAGCUGCCUGAGUAAGGGUCACCUGAAGGUCCAUGUCGAAAGGGUGCACCAGAAGAUCAAGCGGCAUUGCCGCUUCUGCAAAAAGAAGUACUCCGACAUAAAAAAUCUCCUGAAACACAUACGUGAGACUCACGAUAUGGCCGACAGGAAAGUGAAAGAAAUCUAUGAUGAGACUCGCCUUCAGACAAGAGAGGGCAAGAGGCAGCUCCUCUACGACUGUACCGUCUGUGAACGCAAAUUCAAAAACGAGCUGGACCGGGACCGCCACAUGAUGAUCCACGGCACCAAGAGGCCCUUCGGUUGUGAACUCUGUGACCACGGCUCCACCAAGCUCCAGGCUCUACAGGCCCACAUUCGCAAGCACCCGUUCAUCUACGUCUGUGCCAUCUGCCUACAGAAGUUCGUCAGCUCGUUGCGCCUCAAGGCACAUCUCCAGGAGGCGCACGCCGACAUGGAGGAGUCCUUGGGAUUCACCGACUCCAUCCACAACAGCUUCUGUCUCCUGAAGCCCGGCGAUGACAUCCAUCGAGAGGUGCUGAAGCAAGACGAGCUGCAGAUUACAGAGGAGCUGUCCCUUCUUAACGCACACGAUGAGGCUCUCAUUUCCCAUUUGGCCAAUGUAGAGGAACAGGGGGAACAGGCGCAGAGCUCUGAGGGGUUAACUACAGCAGAAGAGCUUCUGGUGCAGCAAACACAGGUCGCUCUCGUCUCCCCAGAUGGAAGUGUAAUAAACUCAGAUGGAGCCAUCAUAAACUCUUGUGUCGUCCAGGAAACCAAGGUGGUCACAGCGCAGUCUCAGGCUGAGACCUCUGCUCUCCAAGUGGUCUCUAAUCAGAGGGAGAAUGUGAAGUGGGGUCCAAAUGAGGAAAUGACAUCAUUCAGGCAAAUCAUAGAUCAAAUGCAAAAGAAACAAUUGACCAUGGAAUUAUUUGAGAGAAUCAGGAAGCUGUAUGGUGAUAUGGAGUGUGAAUACUGUGGUAGGCUGUAUUGGUACCAGGUACACUUUAACACGCAUGUGCGAACACACACACGAGAACAUCUACAUUACUGUACCCAGUGCAGUUACUCUUCCAUCACUAAGAAUUGCCUGAAGCGUCAUAUCAUUCAGAAACACAGCACUAUCCUACUGAAGUGCCCAGAGGAGGGAUGUCCAUAUGCCACACCUGACAAGUACAAGCUGCAGGCCCAUCAUAAAACUCAUGCAGACAAGGACAAAAGACUUGUGGCAUGUCCAGUUUGUGAAGAUACAAUUGUAGUGGAUAGAAUGAAGUUUCAUCUCAAAACCCGCCAUCCAGAUGCACCUCUGGACUCAAUAUUUGAGUCUUUGGGUAUUAGUGGGGAGACAAAAGGAAAGAUUGGAAAGAAGGCCUCCAGAUGUCCCUACUGUGACCGUUCCUUCAAGAGGAAUGGAGCCGACCUGCAACAGCACAUAUGGGCCCAUGAAGGUAUAAAACCCUUCAAAUGCUCAAUCUGUGACUAUGCCUCGCGGAGCAAAAGCAACCUCAAGGCGCACAUGAACCGGCACAACUCGGAGAAGACCCACCUUUGUGACCUGUGUGGGAAGAAGUUUAAGUCCAAGUGCAGUUUGAAGAGUCACAAGCUCAUGCACACGGCUGAUGGAAAACAGUUCAGAUGCACAGAAUGUGACUACACGGCAGCACAGAAACCUCAGCUACUACGGCACAUGGAGCAGCAUGCGUCUUUUAAGCCAUUUCAGUGUGCACAUUGCCAUUACUCAUGUAAUAUAUCUGGCUCGUUGAAGAGACACUACCACAAGAAGCAUCCCAAUGAGGAGUACUGUAAUGCAGGCUCCGGAACCACUACUGCAGACUCAGUGAUAGAACAAGGAGGCUCCAAAUGUCCCGUGUGCAACUAUGUGUACGGGACCAAGUGGGAGAUGAACAGGCACCUGAAGAACAAACACGGCCUCAAGGUGGUGGAGAGCGAUGGCCUGGGGCUGGGCCAGUGGGAGGUGGUAGAGUCAUUGGAGGAGCAGUCCACUCAGUUCCUUCACAUCACAGAGACUGAUGACUCUCAGGGAACUGAGGAAGCUGUGACAACCCUGCAGGACUUACAUUUUGCCACACAAAAUGGUGACGAACUGGACCCUGCAGCGGUGAACAUUCUGCAGCAGAUCAUUGGACUUGGGUCUGAGAACACAGAUGGCACCGUGGCUUCCGUUGUCGCCAUGGCACCAGGAACAGUCACUGUUGUGGAACAGGUGGCUGAGGAGGAGCAGCAAUCCGACCACACCAUGAUAAUCCAGGAUGCUCUGCAGCAAGGCUCUGUGGAGAUGGGGGAAGAGCACCACCUAGUGGUGUCCUCGGACGACAUGGAGGGCAUUAAGACCGUGACCGUAUACACUCAGGGAGAAGACACAUCUCAGUACAUUGUUUAUGUACAGACUGAUGAACAGAUGACAGAGGCUUUGUGAAGGACACUUUGUAAAUGAGGGAUAUGUUGUCAUCUGACUGCUAUUAUUACCAACAAGUUUCCCAUUUGUCUAUGCUCAGCCCUACAAUCCUACAAGGCUCUUGAUGUACCAGUCAAGUGCUCUUUCUGAGCCUCAACAUAUCACCUUUAAUUGAACUAAUUUAUUGUAAUUUAUAGUGAAAUGUGUUAAGUGUAUAUAUUAAAUGUCGGGACAGCCUCCAUACAUUGUAUCUUAUAGAUGUUCAGGAUAAUCUGUACUGCACCAGCCAAAAAAUUACAUUCAUUAUGUGAAGCAAAAAAUAACUCUGCAAAUGUUUUCAUAGCAUAUUUUAAAUAUGCAUCCUGUGUAUUGGCCUUUGUUGAUAGCACAGAGCCUUUUGUAAAUAAACUCCAAGGGUAUGUCAAGAAAAAUACAAGAAUGUUAUAUUUAAUUUAAGUACUCUCUAAACGCAUACAAAGUACAUAUUUACAGA